AUGAUAUUGCAACGAAAGUCACCAUCAUGGCUCCCUGUCAUCGCGUUGUUCUCGUCCUUUGCAGCAGCAUUGAGCGGACAGGAGCCCAUGAAGAGCGCAGAAGAGGCACGAGGAUACAACCCGGGGGAAAUGAUACCAGUCAGUUGUUUGAACAGGACCAUAGAAACCGGUGAACAUAUCACCGAUGCCGCCGGCCAUCUCCAAUACAUACCCUUCCCCACCUGCAACGAAACCGGCCAACCCCUCCACCUAAACUUCGGCGUAGAAAAAGACGUAAACUGCACCAUAGACUUUGUAACAGACGAGUUCUUCCACCUGCUCGAAUUCUACAUCCACAACGACGCGCCCCUUUCCUGCCGCAUCCCGUCCAAACCGCUCCCACCCAGCGUCCUAGAAACUGAAUACCGGGUCAGCGAUGAAAGUACACAGGAGGGUGCGUUGGGGACGCAGAGUACAAUGUACACGCCGCUCAUUAUUGCGCUGGCGGGGACGCUGCAGUUGAGCCAUUUGCAUGUGGGGAAUUAUUUGAACCUGCUGGUUCAUGCUAGUCCUAAGAGUGUGGCGCCCGGGACGGUGGAUGCAGCGACUGCGUAUUCCGUGUCGAGUCAUACGCGCAAUACCAAGAUUACGAUUGGGGAUCCGUUGAGUCUGGCGUUCAGUGUGCGGUGGUAUCCCAGCACGACGCUGCCUCCGGGUUGGAGUGGAUAUGGAGGACAUAUUUAUACUAGUACGUUGGUGUACUGUUUCUUGAGUGCCGUGGCGAGUGCGGCUAUUUGCGUUGUUUACUUCCGGGGUGUUGAAUUGCCGAGACGGCUGAAGAGGUAUGCUACGGAUAGGAUGAAUGGUGGAGGUGGAAGAGGAUUUGGAAACGGAGGCAGUGGAUACGGGCUCCCGGUCGCCAACGGACGAGGAGGCGGCAUGGGCAGUGGCUACGGUUUGGGAGGAUAUGGCUACGGAGGCGGAGGCAAGAGAGUCGACUGA